UUUGUCGAACUGCCUUUGUAGCCGUUGUGGUACAUUAGCUAUAAAUCGCUAUCUAUUCAUCUAUAAUAUCUUUCCAUGUCGCCCUCUCUCUUUAUCUAUCCCCCUGUCUCCCUUUUAGCUCGAUCACUCUCUGCUCUCCUCUCCGUUGUUCCGCCGCUCCGUUUAUGUUACGAGCGCGCGCCGACGCUGAUGGUCGCGCGGGUGAUGAGAGCGUGACCUCACCGCAUUCUGCACAGCUGCGCGAGGAGGGAGGAGGAGGCACCGAUCACACAGUAGAGGAGUAUUUGCCUGGCGCGCGGGGGACUACUCCGGCUCUCUGGACUCGCUGUUCGCUGUCUCGCGCUCGACUCCCCCCCCCCAACCCCACCACCCCCGGUUCUCCUCUCAGAAUGUUCUCGCUGUACUCUCACACAUUUAUACACGGAAACUAAACGACGGAGCGGAGUGCCCGACAAUACUAGCCCAAAUGAUCACUCUCUCCGCCGAAAUGGACGAGUCGUCGUCGCUGCUGGAUCUGCUGGAGUGCUCGGUGUGUCUGGAGCGCUUGGACACCACGGCGAAAGUGUUGCCGUGCCAGCACACCUUCUGCCGCCGCUGUCUGGAGAACAUACUCAGCUCCAGGAACGAGCUCCGCUGCCCAGAAUGUCGUAUCUUGGUGGACUGCGGGGUGGACGACCUCCCGGCCAACAUCCUCUUGGUCCGGCUCCUGGACGGCAUCAAGCAGCGGCCACUGCGAGGGAAUGGUGCGGGCGGUAGGCAGUCUCUGCCCGGGGGCUCGCUGCAGUUAUACGCUGCCGGGAUCUCUGCUUCGCCCCCCGGCACCGGAAUCAGAGAAUUGCCCUUAGCCACAAGGAACUCGCCCAUUAAGAACGUUCCGGCGCUGCCCUGCGGCAAGGCCCUCUACUCCUACGAGGGCAAGGAGCCCGGCGACCUGCAGUUCACCAAGGGCGACAUCAUCAUCCUGCGACGCAAGGUGGACGACAACUGGUACCACGGCGAGCUCAACGGCUGCCACGGCUUCCUGCCGGCCAGCUACAUCCAGCUGCUGCGGCCGCUCAGCCAGACCCCGCCGCAGGGCAAGGCCCUGUACGACUUUGAGGUCAAAGACAAGGACCAGGACAAGGACUGUCUGGCGUUCAGCAAGGAUGAGGUGUUGACGGUAAUACGGCGAGUGGAUGAGAACUGGGCCGAGGGCAUGUUGGGGGACAAGAUUGGCAUCUUCCCUAUUCUCUAUGUGGAGUUGAACGAAACCGCCAAGCAGCUGAUGGAGAUGGACAAGUCUGUGGUGGCCCCUGUCCCCGGGCCGAGCUCAGCCCCCUCCCCGGCUCCUGCCCCCGCCCCCGCCCCGUUAGGCCCCUGCUCCCCGGGCCCCUCCCCCGGCCCCUCCCCGUCCAAUGGGAACAGUGGGUGCCACAGGCGGGGCGAAGGGAAGAAGAACGCCAAGAAGCGGCACUCGUUCACGGCCCUGUCCAUCAGCCAGCGGGCGGCCCAGCUCAACAACAGCAGACACAGUAUGGAGAUCUCCCACCCGGUCCUCAUCAGCUCCUCGGACCCCCGGGCCGCUGCACGCAUACACGACGUGUCCCCCGCGGGGCCUUCGCCCUCCUCCGCGGGGGUGCUCGUGCCCCCCAGGGUGGCAUCGGUGACCUCGGAGCUGCUGGCUCACGCCAAGGUGCAGCUGCCGCUCAACAUCUACCUGGCCCUCUAUGCCUACAAGCCCCAGAAGGCCGAUGAGCUGGAGCUGAGGAAGGGGGAGAUGUACCGCGUGACGGAGAAGUGCCAGGACGGCUGGUUCAAGGGCACCUCGCUGCGGACCGGCGCCUCGGGUGUCUUCCCCGGGAACUACGUCACCCCCGUCUCCAGGGCUCCGUAUGCCGCCGGCUCCGCCCGCAGCUCCUGUAUGACCGGCGGCGGCGGCGGGGGCAGUGGCCAGCCGGGCAGCAAGGUCUCCACCCCGUCCUCGUCCCCGGGCUCCCCGGGGCCGUCGCCCCGCCCCUCCACGCCGCACGCCGGCUCGGACGCGGCCCCCGCCUCCUCCCCGCAGUCGGCCGCUGCGCAGCUCAAGAACUGCCUGCGCUCCUGCCAGCAGAGUGCCAGCCAGGCCCGCAGUGCCAUGCAGCUGGUCCACAGCCCCCCUGCCGGCAGCCCCGAGCGGCCCCCCGGUGGGGGGGUGUCGCCCCUGCCGCUGCGGCCCCAGAGCUCCUGCUCCCCCCCGUGCCGGGCGCAGCAGCACGGCGGCUCCCCGGGGCCCCGCCCGCUCUCCAUGCAGUGCACCACGUCCCCGGGGCCUUCGCCGCUCUCCUCCCCGGCCGCCCGCCACCCGCUGCUCCCCCUGGCCUGCCUGACCCCGCCCAACGCCUCGGCGGCCCUGCUGAACGGCUGCGAGUCGGCCGGCCCCUCGCCCUCGUCCCCCGGGGGCCCCUUCCCCGGGGCCACCAUCACUGCCAAGCCAGAGAAGAAGGAGAAGAAGGCGGGGGGUCUGCUGAAGCUGCUGUCCGGGGCGGCGGCCAAGAAGAAGUCGCGCUCCACGCCGUCCUCCCCGCCGACCCACGAGCCCCGCACGCCGUCGUCCUCGGGCCACGCCCACCACCUGCUCCACCUCCACCACCACCACCACCAGCACCACGCCUCCUCCGCCUCGGGCCACUGCUCCCUGGAGUCCCUGGGCCGGGCGGGCUCCUGCCCCAUCGAGAGCGAGACGGGCGGCGCCGCGGGCCUGGAGCCCCUGCACAGGAAGUCGGGCUCGCUGGACACCACCUUCCCCAUGUCGCCGGCCACGGCGCGCUCCGGCAGCGCACUGCUGGCCCUGCGGCCCGAGACCAAGCCCCUGUCCCGGGAGAGGUACCGAGUGGUGGUGCCCUACCCUCCCCAGAGCGAGGCGGAGAUCGAGCUGCGGGAGGGGGACGUGGUGUUCGUCCACAAGCGGCGCGACGACGGCUGGUACAAGGGCACCCUGCAGCGCACAGGCCGCACCGGCCUCUUCCCCGGCAGCUUCGUGGAGAGCUUCUGAUUGGCUUGGGUUGGGGUGGGCGGGGGGAGGACGCGGGGGGGGGGGGGAGCAGGCAAACAAAAAAACAGUUUAUCACGCACACUCUGUCUAGCAAGCACACGGCACAAACGAACGAACACACACAAACAAGAUCAGACCACACACAUACACACAAACACACACUCACAAAGAUGCCUGAUAAACGUUAAGAAUAAUAUGCACACUUAUACAUGAAGAUGUACACACGUGCAUACACCACACACAUACACACACACACACACACACACACCCACACACACAUACACACACACACACAGACAAACAGACAAGAUAAGAGCACACAUUUACACACAAACACACACUCACACAGAUGCCUGAAAAAAAGAAUAUACGCACACCCACGAAGAUGUACACAUGCACACACACAGACAAGAUCAGAGCACACACAUACACACAAAUACACACUAACACAGAUGCCCGAUAAACAACAAGAAUCAUAUGCACACACCCACGAAGAUGUACACACACACACACACACACACACACACACACACACACACACACACACACACACACAUACCUAGACUUCACAAAUUCUCAAGUACAAACAUGAAUACAUAAACAACACCUGUAGAUGUACAGGGAAAACAAACAUGGAAGCACACAAAGAGACGCGGGAGAUUAAUACAAGCUCUUAUCUCGCUCUGCCUCACCACAGCCAGAAGAGGCAGAACACACUCCCACAAUCCCACUCACUCACAGACAGCAGAGCAGCUGUGUGACAGGGGCCGUCUGACACACACUGAGGACCCCCUGGCUGUUAACAUUAUCGGCCCCCCGAAGGAUGCACAGACUCUGAAGGCAGGACAUCCACCCUCCCCCCCAUACCCAACCACCCCCCCACCCUCCUCCGCCGACUCUGUUUUCUAUGAAAGCGUUUGGAAACCUCCCACCCUGGGCUGACAUGAAUGCUGGUGAAAUAAUAGUUCACGAUCCCGCCGUGUCUUAAAAAAAAUCAACUGGGAAAUAAGUCCGGAAUUUCACAAAAGGACAUUUUUCCGAAAUUUCCGAAAAUAACAUUUUCUUUUCUUUUUUACCAAAAUGUUAACCAGCUCAACGGGUUUGUGUGGUCGCCCUGUCGAUGCCUGUGUGGGCACCCUGUUCUGUGCAGUGUACGGUGGUUUUGAGAUUGGAUCGUCUCUCGAGGUCUGAGACACCCUGUGACUGCCAUCUUGUUAGGACCCGGUCCACCAUGCC